CCCCGGCAGGCUGCCACUAGCCAGCCGCCCAGGACCCUGCAGUACUCUGCUUCUAAAGCCGACGAGGAUGAGUUCCUUUCCCGUGAGUACUGGGAGGAGGGUGCCCAAGCAGCCUUGAGGACCUUAAGGGACAGCGGAAGAAGGGGCACGGAGAGUGAGAGGGGACCUUCCUUUUACCAGUGCUUAUUGAGCACCUAUUGUGGGCCAGGCCUCCCAUGCUGUUGAGGUAGGAGGCAAGGAAGGUGGGGGGAGCCUGGGGUGUGCUCACGUCCUGCCUCCCUGAACGGUCUAUGGGGACAGCACCUCUCCAUCCGGCCCAGUCCCUGAUCCAGGCUCCCAGCCAAGGCCUUAUGGGGUCUCCAGCAUGGCUUUCAGGGAGCCUUCCCUUGUGUGUCUCGGGGCACACCCACAAGGCAUUCUCUCCAUCAGUGGCUUCCAAGCAUGUUGAGGUAAGACCCACAUAAGAAGUACUUCUCAUCCUGGAACUGAGUGCACAGAAUUUAACUGUCACAGGAAGUCACGCACAGGACCCAGCUGCACCUCUCCUGCGUUAGCCUUUGCAGCCGCUGGUGACGGCCCACUUACAUUGAUCUCGCGGUCCUCUAGUCCACUUGGAACACGUAGGAGCGGGACUGCUGUGGUGUUGGAUAUGUGCAUCUUCCGUUUAAAGAACUUUCUCUGUAAAAGCUUUUCCAGGGUGGCUGCACCCAUUGACCUUCCCUCCAGCAGUGAGUGAGCAGCCUGGGGCCCUGCUCCUCACCAACACUUGUUAUCAGGGACAUUUAGUUUUGCCUGGCAGGUGCUGGUGAGCAGAACCUCACUGUGACUUAAGUCCACACUUCCCUGAGGGCUAAUGGGGCUGAAGAGCUUCUGCGUUUGUUUGCUAUUGGGGUUUCGUCCUCAGAUGUAUGUGUUCAUGCACACUACCCAUUUUUCUCUUAGGUCACCUGCCUUUCUCUCACUGAAUCACAGGAGAAGGAUCCUAGAGGAGGGGGAGGGGUCUUCCUUGGCUGAAGUAAGGGAACCAGAUGGAAACACAGAUGGGUUUGUGAAGAGCCUGGCCAGAGCUGAUGUCUGCUUGACCAGGACAAAGGAGCUAGUGGCGCACCAGGCUGGUCAGCUGGGAACGCCCUGGGGCCUAAGCUGUGGGACCAGAGAGAGGGAUACCUGGGGAGUGCUGAGGCCCUUCUGAGGCUGGAGACCCCAGUCCUCAUGUGAACAACAUCAUUAUGUGAUGACCAAUGAAGAAGGAGAAUCAUUGGAUGGGUGCAGGCCAGCUAGAGAGCCUGUGGCUUCUCCUAUGAGCGGGACACCACCCUCAGGGAUCCGGAGGCCAUGGCUCGGCGGUGACCAUGGAUGGUCAGUGUGCGGGCCAAUGGCACAUAUCUGUGCAGGCACCCUCAUUGCCUCCGAGUGGGUGCUGACCGUGGCCCACUGCAUGAUCCAGAGUGAUGUUACCUAUUCAGUGUGGGUGGGGAGUCCAUGGGUUGACCAGAUAUCCAAGUCUACUGUCGACAUCCUGGCACAGCAUGUCAUCGUGAACAGCCAUUAUCGGUGCCAUCGGUACUGGUCCGGGGUCGGCCGGGCCAAUGACAUUGCCCUCCUUAAGCUUGAGCGGCCACUCAAGUACAACAAGUAUGUCUGGCCCAUCUGCCUGCCUGGCUUGGACUGUGCGCUAAAGGACCACGCCUUCUGCACUGUGACAGGCUGGGGACUCCCCAGGGUUGAUGGUGUGUGGCCCCAGUUCAGGACCAUCCAGGAGAAGGAAGUCACUAUCCUAAACAGCACGGAGUGUGAGCGCCUCUACCACAGGUUCUCCAAAAUCCCCUCUGAUUCAGAUCAUCAGCUCCCAGGUGAUUUCUGCAAAGGACGUCAACAGGAACAGUUCUGCUAUACCCCAACUCUGGAAGGACAACUGAAGGGAGCAUGCCAAACCGGCUUCUGUUGCGACUUCGCAUCAAGCAACUCCCAGGUCCAAGAGAAGAAGGGGGUCUCCUGCUUUUGACUGAGGUAGGUGAGUCAUUACAGGGAAAUGGUAUUUGACAGUGCAGGGUUUGCAGCCUGGGAGCCACUUUUGCUGGGUGUCUGGGGAGCCUUUGGGCUGAGCUGCAGCCAAGGGUGGCCUUGCUGGGGCCCCUGGGUGUGGGUGUUUUAAGCUGGCCAAACUGCAGAAAAAGCAUGAGGAGGCCAACGAUAGGGAAAAAUGACACGUCUUCAUCCUGGUUCAGUGGAGUCUCCUGUAAUUACCAUAAUUGCCGUGUGGCUGCAUCGCCGGUCGGGCAGAAUACUUCAGGUCACCACCGGCCUGUCAGCCCUCCACAGGGACUUUGUGUGGAUCAGGAGGUGCCAGAAACCACAGCGGGCCUCCUGUGGGCGCCUGGCCUGCCUGCACUGCCCGGAAUUGCUGCUCUGAGCCCCUGGGGGUGGAGCGGGGGCGUGGAGGGGUGAUGAGGUGGUGCCGGGCUCCCGCUGUGUUGUGGCAGCGGCAGGGGGUGGUGAUGGGGGGAGCAGCUACUCACUGAUGGACAACACG